GUGGAGAAACUUUGCAGUGGCUUAAAUAUUCUUUCAUACACCGUACUUGAAAAAAAAAAAAAAAAACUCUCCUUUUCAUCAUCUUCUUCAAAAUAAAACGCACCUAAUUAGCAUCGCAUUUGUUCUUUGAAUCUCUCUCACAGCACAGCCGCUUUAGGCAUAGCUAGAUAGAAAGAAAGAAUGUUCCAACCAAAGAAACCCUCAACCAUGAAUUCCCACCACGAUAAUCGACCCAUGUGCGUUCAACCCGACUCUGGUCUCGUCCUCACCACUGAUCCCAAGCCUCGUCUCCGUUGGACCGUCGAGCUCCACGACCGUUUCGUCGAUGCUGUUACUCAGCUCGGAGGAGCUGACAAGGCAACUCCAAAAACAAUCAUGAGAGUUAUGGGGGUCAAGGGUCUUACACUUUAUCACCUCAAGAGCCAUCUCCAGAAAUUCAGGCUUGGAAAGCAACCUCACAAGGAAUUCAAUGAUCAUUCUAUAAAAGAUGAUCUUCAAAGAACUUCUGCUUCUUCAUCUGGCAUGAUGGCUCGUAGCAUGAAUGAGAUGCAAAUGGAAGUGCAAAGAAGACUUCAUGAACAAUUGGAGGUUCAAAGACACCUUCAACUGAGGAUUGAGGCUCAAGGCAAGUAUAUGCAGUCUAUAUUAGAAAAGGCUUGUCAAACCCUUGCCGGUGAAAACAUGGCGGCGGCCGGAGGUGCAGCCGGAGGCUAUAAGGGUGUGGGAAAUCAUCGAGGUGUUCUUCCUCACAUGGAUGGUGCCAUGAAAGAUAAUUUUGGUCCUACUCUCAAUUACCCACCAUUUCAAGACCUUAAUAUAUAUGGAGGUGACCAACACCUUGAUAUUCAACACAACGUGGAGAGAUCAUCACCAUCACUUGAUGGCCAUUUCAUGUCAAACAAGAGGCAUGGCCCUUACGGUGGCGGCGGGGGUACCGGGAAGAGUCCUUUACUUUGGUCCGACGAGCUUCGAUUACAAGACUUGGGAAUGGCUCCAUCGUGUUUAGGACCACAAGAUGAUCCUUUCAAAACCGGUGUCAUUCAAAUCGGACCGCCUUCUAUCGAUACCAGUGGUAUCGGUAAGCUAGAAUCGUUAUCAGACAUUUACGACACGAAGCCGGGAAUUUCCAAUGACAGCAUUGAUGAAAGGAAAUUUGAAUUGUCGCCUAAGCCGGAAAGGCCGUCGCCAAGAAGAGCCCCGUUUCAGACAGAGAGGAUGAACCCCUAGUGUGGCACAAGGAAGAAAUUCACCAUUUGGAUAUUUCAUUUACAUUAAUUAGAACUUAAAUGACAAUUAAUUAUGCUCCGCUGAGUGUGAUAUUUUCGUUAGGGUUAUAGUCAAUUAUGAUCUCAAUAGGAUUUUGUCUCAGUUAUAUGAUAAUGCAUGCAUGCAUGACCUUUUUUUCUCUUCUAAAUUUUCGAGAAACUCGAAUAAAGGUAAUGAAACUACGAUGCAUGUCCAAUUUUAACUCAAUUAA